AUGGAGAUGCAUCCCAUUGUAGGGCUUGGGGUCAAGUCGUGCCACCCCUUUGGAAGCCAACAACAGUUCAACAUCGCUACUGUGCAGUUGUGCGUGAAGCGAUGCUGCCUCAUUUUCCAAUUCAACAAUACUGAUGACCAUCGAUCUGUUUCCUCUCUGCUCUUAGGUUUUCUAAAUAACAACCCUUUGAAGAUCCUGGGAUUGGGAAUCGAGAAAACUCUGCAAAAGCUUGAAUAUUAUUGUCAGCUUAUCGUCGAUCAUGCCAUAGAUGUUGGCAUUUUUGCUGCUGAAAAAUAUAAGAAACCGAAGUUGAUUAAUGCUUGUACAGUGGAAUUGGUAAGUGAUAUUCUCGAAGAGAAGCUUCCUAGCGAAAGAAAAAUGAAAAGAAGCAAAUGGGAGAGGGCUAAGCUCACCGAUGAUCAGCCUGUAUAG